UUCCUCUCGACCGUUCCGCGUAGAAUUAAAUAUACCGCGUGUCUGGAUAGACAGGAACUCAUCUCUUACUCACGAACAUUGCAAUAAUAAGAACGAGGUGCGCGAGUACAGACGCAGACGUUGAGUCGUCUUUUAUUUUUGUCCAUCUCGACAACGUGGGCCAAAAAAGUAACAACUCUUUUGACAAGAUGAAUCUCGGCAAUCUCAGUGAACGGUGAAAUGAUGAUAAAUAAAUUAAGGGAAAGACUAAUUGAAAUUUUUUAGGGACUAAUGAUUUGAAAUAUAUGUGUGUUGAAAUGCGCGAGGGCGGAAGUCUGGUGCUGUGUUUUCUUGUUUUGUUUUCGGUUAAUUUGGUUAAGUGUAUUACUGAAACUCCCGUGUUAGGAAACAAGGCGUCGAGAUGUUAUGAUGAUUUUAAUAGACCGCAAAGAUGCAUUCCAGAAUUUGAAAAUGCCGCUUUCAACGUACUUAUGGAAUCAACAAACACUUGCGGUGAAGAUGGUCCAUCCGAGUACUGUCAACAAACCGGUGCGAGUGUUAGUGGUGUGAGAAAAUCCUGUGAAAUAUGCUACACCAAUCAACAUCACCCUCAGUUUAUGACCGAUUUCCACAGCCAAGAUUAUCCGACAUGGUGGCAAUCUCGGACCAUGUAUGAGGGUGUGCAGUUUCCGAAUCAAGUGAAUCUGACUUUAAAAUUGGGUAAAGCGUUUGAUAUCACAUAUAUAAGAAUUUGGUUUUGGUCGCCUAGACCUGAAAGUUUCUACAUAUCAAAAAGAACUACUAAAGAUGGACCUUGGAUUCCUUAUCAAUAUUACAGUGCUACUUGCAGAGAUACUUAUGGCCUUCCUGACUCAACUCAUACCAUACGAGGCGAUGAGACGCGACCUUUUUGUAAUUCAGAAUAUUCAGACAUUUCACCCCUUAAGGGAGGAAAUGUUGCCUUCGGUACUUUGGAGGGUAGGCCCUCGGCUUAUAAUUUUGAUGAGAGUGCGGAUUUACAGGAAUGGGUGACAGCAACGGAAAUAAUGAUCACACUAGAUCGACUCAACACAUUUGGUGACGAAGUUUUCGGAGACCAAAGUGUUCUUAAAUCUUACUUCUAUGCUAUCGCUGAUAUUGCCGUUGGUGCUAGAUGUAAAUGUAAUGGACACGCUUCAGAAUGUGUUGUCUCCUCUCAAAUAAACGAAAAUCCAGUCAGAACCUGUAGAUGUGAGCACAAUACCGCUGGACCAAAUUGUGAACAGUGCUUACCGUUUUAUAAUGAUGUACCAUGGGGAAGAGCUAGUGCCAAAAAUGCCCAUGAAUGUAAAGAAUGUAACUGCAACGGCUUUUCUAACAGAUGCUAUUUCGACCAAUCUUUGUACGAAAUAACAGGCCACGGAGGUCACUGUUUAGACUGUAACGCCAAUAGAGAUGGACCGAAUUGUGAAAAGUGUCGUGAAAACUAUUACAUGAGAGAAGAUGGUUACUGUGUUCCUUGUGAUUGCGAUCGAAUUGGUGCUAAAAAUCUUCAGUGUAAUCUCGAAGGAAAAUGUUACUGCAAACCUGGUGUAACUGGUGAAAAAUGCCGUCAGUGCGAAGUAAAUUUCUAUGAGUUUUCUUCUUACGGAUGCAGAAGUUGUGGAUGCAAUGAGUCUGGUUCAGUUCAAAAUACACCUACAUGUGAUCCGUAUUCCGGGAAUUGUAACUGCAAGGAAAAUGUUGAAGGAAGACGAUGUAGAGAAUGCAAACCAGGUUACUUUAACCUCCAACAGGACAAUCCCUUUGGUUGCACUCCGUGUUUCUGCUACGGCCACUCAUCAAGUUGCAAGUCCGCGCCGGGUUAUUUCAAGUACAGCAUCGAAUCUGCGUUUUCACGAAACGACGAAAGGUGGAGUUCUGAAGAUAUAUACGGCAGGCCUUCAAACAUAAAAUACGACUCGAUCACUCAGAGUGUAGGUGUAAGGUCAAUAAAUGAAGAAAUUAUUUACUUUGUUGCGCCGCCGAGAUUUUUGGGCGACCAAAGAGCAUCCUAUAAUCAGCUAUUGGAAUUUGUAUUGAGGAUCAGCGAUAAUAGACCGACUCCAUCGCCGACUGAUAUUAUUGUUGAAGGGAAUGGCGAAUCAAUUACUAAUACGAUAUUUUCUCAGCAGAAUAAGCUACCGUCAGUAGAGAAUCAAAAGUUUAGUUUUCGUUUUCACGAACAUCCUGAUUAUGGUUGGCAACCCACCCUGACAUCAACGAAUUUUAUAUCAAUAUUAACAAAUGUAACGGCAAUAAAAAUUAAGGGGACUUAUACAUCAGCAGGAAGCGGCUUUCUAGAUAAUGUAAAACUAUCAACAGCCUUAAGAGGAGUGGCUGGACAAGCGGCUCAAUGGAUUGAAUCAUGUGACUGUCCAACAGGUUACGUUGGACAAUUUUGCGAGUCCUGUGCUCCCGGAUUCCGACAUUCACCUGCAUUUGGCGACUCUUUUCUUCCUUGUAUUCCAUGCGAUUGCAAUAAUCACGCCAGCAUCUGUGAAUCUGAAACGGGCAAAUGUAUCUGUCAACAUAAUACUGCAGGAGAUAAUUGCCAAUUUUGUGCUAGGGGUUUCUAUGGCAACGCUUUAAAAGGCACUGCCAACGAUUGUCAACCAUGUAUUUGUCCAAAUGAAGGACCCUGUAUACAAAUUGAUGAAGAGACCAUUACGUGUACAGAAUGUCCUAUAGGUUAUGCAGGACAUCGAUGUGAUUUUUGUUCGGAUGGCUACUACGGUGAUCCCAAUGGACAGUUUGGUACAAUUAUACCAUGCCGUGCUUGCGACUGUAACAAGAAUAUAGAUCCUAAUGCUAUUGGUAACUGCGAUACAAAUACUGGCCAGUGUUUAAAAUGCAUCUUUAAUACUGAUGGUCCUAAAUGUGAAGUCUGUUUAGCAGGUUUUUAUGGGAAUGCUUUAGUAUUACCAAAAGGAGACUGCAAACGAUGCGAGUGUCAUUUUCUUGGAAGCGAAAAAGACUUAAGCGGUGCCGCGAAAUGCGACCAAGCUACAGGUAUUUGCGAAUGCAAAAUUCACGUUGUCGGAAGAAAUUGCGAUACGUGUGAAGAUGGUUAUUUUAGUUUGCAUAGCGGAAACGGCUGCCAGAGCUGCAAUUGUGAUCCUGUGGGAUCGUUGAACGAGACUUGCGACAUUUUGACGGGACAAUGUUAUUGUAGAACUGGUGUAACUGGAUUAAGAUGUGAUCGUUGCGAAUCGAAGCAAUACGGAUUUUCUCCAGAAGGCUGCAAGGAAUGUUAUUGUGAUCCAGCUGGAUCGAAAAAAUUACAAUGUGAUAAUACUGGACAAUGUCUCUGUUUUGAAAACGUUGACGGUAGAAAAUGUGACAGAUGUAAAGAAAAUAAAUACGAUAGGCAAAGGGGUUGCAUAGACUGUCCGGAUUGUUAUAAAUUAGUCCAAAACGCGGUUAAAAUUCAUAACGAUAAAUUAGACAAAAUGGAAAAUAUCUUGGACGAAAUUGAAAACCAACCCACAGUAAUAUCCGACGAAGAAUUUCCUGAUAAUUUACGUAAAACGCAAAAAGAUAUAUCAGAACUAUAUUCAAAUAUCACUGAAAUAAUGGGAAAUGAGGGUUCUUAUCUGAAGAUUAAAAAUAUUAAAGGGAGCAUCAACGAAGUUGAACGUUCUUUAAGCGAGAUUGAUGAAAAUGUCUACAACAUCGGAACUAACAACUUAUUAACUAAAAACAACAUUCACCACGCUGAUGAAAUAUUAGACGAAAGUAAUGAAAAACUCCAAGAAAUAAAAAAUGAUAUUUUAAAUACGGCAACUAAAUCUUUGACUAAUGCCCAAGUUAGAGCAGAGUUAGCUGGUGAACACUCUGAGAAAAUGACAAUAAUAUCACACGAAGCUAGAGAUUUAGCCAGCAAGCUUGAUUCGCAAGCUAAUGAUAUCGUUGCUGCUAGUGGCAAAGCGAAACUGGAGUCAAUAGAAGCCUACAAGUUAGCUAAGGAUUCUGUUUCGGAACAAUCUCACCUAAUAGAAUUUAUCAAACAAUUAAAAAAUGAGAUGAAAGAAACUGAUAAACAAAUACAUUCGUCUAAGGAAUGGAUGAGAAACGUAAAAGAAAAAACUGAGACAGUAAAAAAGAACGCUUUAACAUUAUUUAAUGAAGUUGAAAAUUUAAUUAUUCCUAACGUAAACGUUGAUGAGUUUAAAGAAAAAUCUGUCGAAUUACAACAGAAAGCGGUGCUGUUAAGAAGAAGGUCAAAUAUCUUGUUUCAAGAAAGUGCAGAUUUAAAGAAGGAUAUUUCAAAACAAUUAUUAUUCGGAAAAGAUUUAAUGCAACAAGCAUCAGAUCAAUUUGAAGAGCUUAUGGACUUGAGAAAUGAUCUAGUUUUAUAUGAGAGCCAGGCUACCGGAGUUAUAAAAUUAUGGAACGAAAUCUGGGAUAAUGCGGAAAAUAACUAUCAGUUAUUAAAAGAAUUUGAUUCACAAACUAAAAAGAACAAAGAAGAAGCCGAGAAAGCCCUGCAAACAAUUUCUGAAAUACGAUCCAUUAUUGACCACAAUUCCAAUCAAACGAAGUUAUAUCAAGACCAUUUGGACCAGGCAGCAAAAAAUGCAGAUUUAGCUUUACAAAAAGCUCAUCAAGCAAAUGCUUUAGCCAAAAAUGCAUCAAUUAAAGCUGACAAUGUAAAGCAUGAAUCCGAAUUGUUAUAUAAAAAUGCAACUGCCUUGGUGGAAGAAGCUGGAUUAAUGUAUGACAGGGUGCAAAAUACAGAGGGAGAACUGAAAAGUUUAGUUGAGAAAACAAGAAGUAAUACCAGUUUAGUAAACGAAGCCAAGGAAAAGGUAGGACGUGCUGAACGAGAUACCGAAGAAGUAUCCAAUAAAGUACAUCAACUUCUUUCUGACAUAGAAAAUAUAAUGUUCGAAUUACAAAAUUCACCUGGCAUAGAUGAGAAGGAUGUGGACCGACUUGAAGAACAAAUUAAGAUAACGGAAGAAAGAAUUCGCCGUGCAAAAUUAGACGAACGAUUAAAUCGACUAACAGAAGAAAGAAAAUUAGAAGAAGAGCUAAUUGACAAGUAUAAGAAACAGAUAGCGAUGUUAGAAGUAGAAGUUGAUAAUAUAGAGCAAAUUGUAGAGAAACUUCCUAGUGGUUGUUACAGAAGACUGGAGUUAGAGCCGUAAUUGAUAAAUAAGUUUAUUUGUUGUUUUAUAUUAAAACUUUUACAAAUAGUGAUUUAAUAAAUAAUAGAUCC